CUUUCUUACUAUUCUUGUGUUGCUUGGAACUUGCAUGGUUAUUGGGGAUGGAGCACUUACCCAGCAACUUGCGAUCACGUUGUUUGGAUAUCUGUUGUACUUCUAAUAGCACUUUUUGCAUUCCAACGUUGUGGAACCAGCAAAGUUGGCUUCUCCUUCUCUCCUAUAAUGUUGCUGUGGUUUGUUACCAAUGUUUCAAUUGGCACCUACAACAUUAUCAAGUACCAUCCAUCCAUUAUCAAGGCUGUAUCUCCUCACUACAUUGUCAAAUUCUUCUUGAGAAACACCAAGACGGCGUGGGAUCUUCUUGGAGCGGUAUUCUUGAGCAUAACAGGAGCUGAGGCAAUGUUUGCUGAUUUAGGUCACUUCAACAAGAGAGCAAUUCAGUUAGGUUUCUCUUUCGUGGUUUAUCCUUCAUUAAUCAUCAGUUACGCGGGUGAAACAGCUUAUUUAGUUAAGCAUCCAGAGAAAAUCAGCGAUGCCUAUUACAGUUCCCUACCAGAUCCUGUGUACUGGCCAAUGUUUGUUAUUUCUACCCUGGCUGCAGUUGUUGCAAGCCAAUCUAUGAUUUCUGCAAGCUUUUCGAUAGUAAAACAGUCACUCGCUUUUGGUUGUUUUCCUCAAGUUAACAUAAUUCACACCUCUUCCAAGCAUGAAGGGCAAGUCUAUUCCCCAGAAAUCAACUACAUUCUAAUGAUUCUCACUGUUGGUCUGGUCCUAGGAUUCAAAGGCGGUGUUGAACUAGCAAAUGCAUACGGUGUGGUGGUCAUUUGGGUCAUGAUCAUAACCACUUUUUUGACAACAUUAGUAAAGUUGGUCAUAUGGAAGACAAAUAUUCUACUCAUCCUAGGUUUUUUCUUGCCCUACAUGUUAAUUGAGGGCAUAUUCAUGACAUCAUUGUUAAACAAAAUCCCACAAGGAGGAUGGGUACCUUUUGCUAUAUCGGCUAUCUUCUUGAUCAUAAUGCUAUCGUGGACAUACGGGAGGAGUAAAAAAAGUGCAUAUGAAGCAGAAAGAAAAAUGAGCACAAGGGAACUGGAUGAAAUGCUAUCAAGCAGCAAUAUCUAUCGGACACCGGGAAUUUGUUUUUUCUUUACCGACCUGGUCAACGGAAUUCCACCCAUUAUCCGGCAUUACGUUCAGAAUACAAACUCUGUUCAAGAAAUUAUGGUGAUUAUCACUGUUAGAACUCUACCAAUCAAAACUGUUCUACCGGAGGAAAGGUUUAAUGUCGGGAAAUUAGGACUUGAAGGGGUUUAUAGGUGUUUGGUUCAGUUUGGGUACAAGGAUUCUCAGGACAUGAAAGGAGAUGCCUAUAUUAAUUCAAUGGUGGCAAAACUACAAGAGCAUGUUGAUAAUAUGAAUGAAGAACGAAGAAUUCAAUUAGCUGCACAAAAAGGGAUUAUUUUUGUCACAGGCCGGACAAUCCUAAAAGCAAACCAGGGUAAUGGAAUGCUCGCACGCUUCACAAUCGAUUAUUUAUACAGAUUUCUUCAGAAGAAUAGCAGGGCAGCAGUUUCAACACUUGAAAUCCCACCAGAAAGAACAAUGCAGAUUGGGAUGCUCUACGAAAUCUAAAACUGGACUGCAUUAUAUUACUGCCAGGAGGUUUUUCAUUUUUCCAUUUUUGCAUAAGUGCAGUGUAAUGUUUAUGUAACCUUCUCCUUGCUCCUGUAUAAUCACUUUUAA